CGACGAGAUUUCCGUUGUGAAGCGUUGUUGUCGACGAGGGAGGAGGUAGGCUGAGAGUAGGUUGGAGCAAAGUGUGAAAAAAAAACUUUAAAAUAGGUUGAAGGAAAAAUAAAUACAGCCAUGGCGUCGGGGGACACCCUGUAUAUCGCAGCGGACGGGUGCGAGAUGCCAGCCGAAAUAGUCGAACUGCACGAAAUUGAAGUGGAAACAAUCGAGACCACAGUCGUCGAAGAUGACGAUGAACACCAACCCAUGAUCGCCCUGCAGCCUCUGGACACGGAUGAUCCCCACUCGAUCCACUCGCACCAGGAGGUGAUUUUGGUGCAAACAAGAGAAGAGGUUGUGGGCGAGGAUGACUCCGAGCUGCACACGGACGAUGGCUUCGAGGAUCAAAUCCUUAUCCCGGUGCCUGCCGUGGAGGAGGACUAUAUCGAACAGACUCUGGUUUCUGUUGGUAGAAGCUCGUCAACAGGCCGGAUGAAGAAAAGUGGAAGCGGGAAAAAAGCGGGCAAAAAGAGCUACAUAACCGGGGGUGACAUGGGCCGAAAAUGGGAACAGAAACAGGUCCAGAUAAAGACUCUGGAGGGGGAAUUUUCAGUGACUAUGUGGGCAUCGGAUGACAAGAAGGAUAUCGAUCACGAAGAACAGAUAACAGGAGAGAAUUCUCCUCCGGAUUAUUCUGAAUACAUGACUGGAAAGAAGCUUCCUCCAGGAGGCAUCCCAGGCAUCGACCUGUCAGAUCCCAAACAGCUGGCAGAGUUUGCGCGAAUGAAGCCGAGGAAGAUAAAAGAGGACGAUGCACCUAGGACGAUAGCCUGUCCACACAAGGGAUGCACUAAAAUGUUCAGGGACAACUCAGCUAUGAGAAAACACUUGCACACUCACGGACCUCGUGUGCACGUCUGCGCGGAGUGUGGCAAAGCAUUUGUGGAGAGUUCAAAACUGAAGAGGCAUCAGCUCGUGCACACAGGAGAGAAACCGUUCCAGUGUACAUUUGAGGGAUGUGGCAAGCGCUUCUCCUUGGACUUUAACUUACGCACGCAUGUGCGUAUUCACACUGGAGACCGGCCCUAUGUGUGCCCCUUUGAUGGCUGCAACAAAAAAUUUGCCCAGUCCACCAAUCUCAAAUCUCACAUACUCACACACGCCAAAGCCAAAAACAACCAGUGACUUCUUUGUGAAUGAACCAGGCUUCAAACAAGAACUGGUAUGGGGUCGUGACCCCCGUCAUUAGUUAUACACAGACUGAAUUAUGGUCCUUGGCCUGCUUUGUUGUGAGAAAUGCCCCCUUUGUGUUGCUUUUAGGUCAGAAGGUUCAUACAUAAAAAUAAUAAAAAUACAGUUUUGUGUGCGGUUUUUGAGAAAGACCCUGUGACCGCCCGACUCUGCUCUGGCUGUCUCCCCUCUUCGGCUCGACCUGGAAGGAACUUUUCUAUCGUGUCUUCUCAAGAAGACAUUUAUCCAUGAUUCUGCACUUGAGAACUUAUUUAUACCUUUACACAACCACUUUUUUAUUUUUAUUUUUUUGCAGUAUUGGUUGAAAUGGGCUUUUAUCCUCAGAAACCGUUUUGAUUUUGUAACCUUCCCCCGUCAAGUGUGCAUAUUGUACACAGUUUAAUAUAAACCUUGUGAUGUAUGCGUGAAGACUUUUGUAGAAUUGGUUUCUUUCAUAGUUACCAUUUUUUGAGAAGAUCAGAAGUUUUUUGCAUACUUUCCUUUUCUACAACAAUUUCAGAUGUAGAUGGUAGCCAUGAUGAUUUUUUUUUUUUUGCAUUUUUUUCCUUUCAUUAGUGAUCACUGAUUAAAAUGUUUUUCCUCCAUUGCAAUGCAAGACACAAAACAUGUGAUUUAUCGUCUUACAUGUCAUGAAAACUGAUUUGAAGUCAUUGUAAUUUGUCCUUUUAGCUCCUGGAGCUGCUCUAAAUGCGGUGAAUAAAGCAACUCAGGUUAACACAA